AUGACCUCAACCAAUCCCACUUACCUGGCUAUCCCGGGUUCGGUAGCAUUCUCCCGCUCCCGUGGCCAAGCUAUUGCAGCUAGCAUUGGGGCCCAGGAUGUCCGAGCUCAGUGGAUUCACUAUGUGCACGCCUCUCAACCUUUGGACCAACCGCAGCGAGCUGUGCUCGAACAGCUGCUUCGAUACGGCGAUAUCACCGACGUCACUCCCUCUUUCACUUCUGAUGACGGACAAUUCGAGACCUUUUAUAUCUUCCCCCGCACCGGAACUAUUUCGCCGUGGAGCUCCCAGGCAACGGGCAUUUCGCAUGUCUGUGGCCUGCGCCAACAUGUGAAGCGCAUUGAGCGGGGCAUGAAGAUCUCAUGCCUUCGCAGCGAUGCCCAGGAAUACAAGUCCGGAUACAUGGAUAUCUUGCAUGACCGGAUGACGCAAAUCAUCAGCAAGGAAGAGCCUGAUCUUCAACUUAUGUUCUCUGAGCACGCUCCUCAGCCCCUCCGAACGAUUUCCCUGCAGGGUGGCGCUAAGUCUCCCAAGGAGAUCCUCCAAGAGGCGAACAAGGAAUUGGGUUUGGCUUUGGAUGAAUCAGAAAUUGAUUAUUUGGCAGAGGCAUAUGGUCCGAAUGGCGCAAUUUCCCGCGACCCGACCGACGUGGAGCUCUUCAUGUUCGCUCAGGUAAACUCGGAGCACUGCCGACACAAGCAAUUCAACGCCACAUGGGUGAUCGACGGCAAGCCAAUGCCCAACAGUCUCUUUGCUAUGAUUCGCAACACACACAAGAAAAGUCCUGAGCACACCGUCAGUGCCUACAGUGACAACGCUGCCGUCCUGGAGGGUGGCAACGCUGCGUUCUGGGCUCCCGACCCGACCACCGGCGAGUGGUUGCACACAAAGGAAGUCGUGCACUUCUUGGCAAAGGUUGAAACUCAUAACCACCCUACCGCAGUGUCACCCUACCCAGGUGCCGCUACGGGUUCCGGUGGAGAGAUCCGUGACGAGGGAGCUGUCGGUCGCGGCUCGCGUCCUAAAGCCGGUCUCGCUGGCUACUGCGUGUCUGACCUCCUGAUCCCAGAGCUGAGACAGCCUUGGGAACUUGAUGUGGGUCGCCCGAUCCACAUUGCGAGCAGCUUGGAUAUCAUGCUGGAAGCACCAAUCGGUAGUGCUGCUUACAACAACGAAUUUGGUCGCCCUUGCACCGCUGGAUACUUCCGCACACUACUCACAGAAAUCGAUGUUGGUGAUGGCCAAAAAGAGCUGAGAGGAUACCACAAACCCAUUAUGAUCGCCGGUGGUGUUGGAACCGUUCGGCCCCAGCACGCCCUGAAGAACCCAGACACGGUUAAGCCCGGCUCCUACCUUGUUGUUCUGGGUGGCCCAGCCAUGCUUAUUGGUCUGGGGGGAGGUGCUGCAUCAAGUAUCGCCUCUGGUGAAGGGUCUGCGGAUCUCGACUUUGCCAGUGUUCAGAGAGGUAACGCUGAAGUCCAGCGGAGAGCCCAAGAGGUUAUCAACGCGUGUGUGGCCAUGGGAAAUAACAACCCUAUCAAGUUCAUCCACGACGUUGGUGCCGGUGGUUUGUCCAACGCACUUCCCGAGUUGAUUCAUGACUCGGGCUUGGGAGCGAAGUUUGAACUUCGCGAAGUUGACAGUGCCGAUAGGAGCAUGAGCCCCAUGCAAAUCUGGUGCUGUGAAGCCCAAGAGCGUUACGUGUUGGCUGUCGGUGAAGAGGCCAUGAACAAGUUCACAGCAAUCGCACAGCGCGAGCGCUGUGGCUUCUCUGUCGUUGGUCGCGGCGGUGGCACUUCUGAGGAGGAAAAGAGACUCAUCCUUCUUGACCGAGAGUCCAAGGAAUACCCGGCCCCUAUUGACCUUCCCCUGUCUGUACUGUUCGGAAAGCCCCCGCGAAUGACCAGAACCGUCGAUUCGCGCAAGCUGAAGCUGCCGGCUGUGGACUCCGGUCUCACCAAGUAUCUGCCCUCGCUUACGUCAAAGGUGGAACUUGUGGGUGAAGCCGUCAACCGAGUUCUGUCUCUUCCUGCAGUGGGUUCCAAGUCUUUCUUGAUUACGAUUGGAGACCGGACCGUUGGCGGUCUUACCGCUCGUGACCAGAUGGUCGGCAAGUGGCAGACGCCCGUGUCCGAUGUUUCGGUCACUGCCACGUCGUUGCUGCAGGGCAUGAAGACGGGUGAAGCUAUGGCUAUGGGUGAAAAGCCUACUUUGGCUCUGAUCUCGCCGGCUGCUUCCGCACGCAUGGCCGUUGCAGAGUCACUUAUGAACAUCGCUGCCUCUAAUUUGGUGGACCGCCUUAGCCAUGUGAAGCUGUCAGCAAACUGGAUGUCUGCCAGCAGCCACCCCGGUGAGGGUGCUGCGAUUUAUGAGGCCGCCGAGGCUAUUGGUCUCGACCUGUGCCCCAAGCUUGGUAUCAGCAUUCCGGUCGGAAAAGAUUCCAUGUCCAUGAAGAUGAAGUGGAAGGGUGAAGCUUCCAACGAGGCCAAGGAAGUUACUGCGCCAAUGUCGCUUGUCAUUUCUUCCUUCGCACCAGUGGACGACAUCCGCAAGACCUGGACUCCAGCUCUUCGUCGUCUCGAAGAUGUGGGCGAGACUGUUCUUAUGUUUGUCGAUCUCUCGUUCGGCCGCAAGACGCUUGGUGGCUCUGCUCUGGCUCAGGUCUUUAAUGAGGUGGGCACCGAGUGCCCCGAUGUUCGCGAUGUCGACAUCUUCAGAGACUUCUUCGAUGCCACACAGCAGCUGCAGGAGGCCGGAAUUGUCCUGGCCUACCACGACCGCUCCGACGGUGGUCUGCUCACUACCCUCGCCGAAAUGAUGUUUGCCGGUCGCUGCGGUGUCGAGAUUAUGCUCGACAACAUCUGCUCGUCUUUCCACACCAACGACGUUGUCGAGUCACUUUUCAACGAGGAACUGGGUGCUGUCUUCCAGGUUCGCAAGGAGCAUGAGAUUCAGUUCCGCUCAUGCUUCGCCACCUGUGGUCCUCCUCCGGGCCUGAUUCACAAGAUUGGACGUGUCUCGGAGAAGCAGAAGCAGAACCUCACCAUCUACCACAAGGCCUCCCUGGUGUACCGCAACAGCCGGUCUAACCUCCAGCAGACCUGGUCCAGGACCUCUUACCACAUGCAGAAGAUCCGUGACAACGCCGAGUGUGCGGAUCAAGAAUACGCCAACAUCCUUGACGACGCUAACCCGGGUCUGUCCUGGAAUCCCACCUUUGACCCUAAGGACAGAGGCUUGCCUUUCAUGACCAGUCUCUCCCAGUUCUCUCCCUUCACCAACAAGCCCCGCGUUGCCAUCCUGCGUGAGCAAGGUGUUAACAGCCAAGCCGAGAUGGCGUUUGCCUUCAACACCGCCGGUUUCUCCGCCGUGGAUGUCCACAUGACCGACAUCAUCUCCGGCCGGGUCUCGCUUGCCAGCUUUGCGGGUCUUGCUGCCUGCGGUGGAUUCUCAUACGGUGACGUCCUGGGCGCCGGCCAGGGCUGGGCCAAGUCCGUUCUGCUGCAUGAGAACACGCGCAAGGAGUUCCAAUCGUUCUUCGAGCGCCCCGACACCUUCGCCCUGGGUGUGUGCAACGGCUGCCAGUUCCUGUCCCGCGUCAAGGAGCUGAUCCCUGGCGCACGCGACUGGCCCAGCUUCGAGCGCAACGCCAGCGAGCAGUAUGAAGGCCGAGUCAGCAUGGUCCGCAUCUCCGACCCAGACCCCUCGCGCCCCAGUGUGUUCUUCCACGGCAUGGACGGCUCGUCGUUCCCGAUUGCCGUGGCGCACGGCGAGGGUCGUGCCUCAUUCGCCGCCUCUUCGACUGUCACUGCACACGACUUUGUUCGCGAGGGUCUUGCCCCGGUCAGGUUCGUUGACAACGGUACCUUCAAGCCCACCAUGAGGUACCCCUUCAACCCCAACGGCAGUCCCGAGGGUAUUGCCGGUGUGCGCAGCCCCGAUGGUCGUGUCCUGGCUAUCAUGCCUCACCCCGAGCGCACCGUCAUGAACGGCAUUGCAAGCUGGUUGCCUCCGUACGCUGAGUCUUGGGGUGAAAUCGGGCCUUGGGGCCGAAUCUUCUUCAGUGCUAGACGCUGGGUUGGCUAA